GAGUUUGCAUGGCCCUCACUUUUCAGGACAUACAGACAGAUGGUGCGUUUGUGCAAUCAGUACAGAGGGUGUGAUGUGUCUUGUCGGAACUCACUGCAUGCUGUGUGUUAAGUGUGUGUCUCUGUAGUGUAUGUGUGGGUUCACUGCCUGCUAGCAGUCUUUGCAGUGUGAGAAGUCCCUCAGCUGGUUCCAGUGAUGGCUGAGUCUCCCCGAGAAUUGACCCAGAAUCCACUGAAAAAAAUCUGGGUUCCGUAUAACAAUGGACAUCCUGUACCGCACAGCGCCCAGAGGAAAGUAUGUAUGACUAAUUGCCCCACCCUCAUUGUUAUGGUUGGCCUCCCUGCCAGAGGAAAGACGUAUAUAUCUAAGAAACUAACCCGCUAUCUGAACUGGAUCGGGGUACCUACCAAAGAGUUUAACGUUGGCCAGUACCGGAGGGAUCUCGUGAAGAGUUUCAGAUCGUUUGAAUUUUUUCUUCCAGACAACGAGGAAGGGCAGAAAGUGCGAAAGCAGUGUGCCAUAUUGGCUUUAAAUGAUGUUGAGCGCUAUCUGGGAGAGGAAGGUGGUCACGUAGCAGUUUUUGAUGCAACAAACACAACUAGGGAAAGAAGGGAAACUAUCCUCAAAUUUGCAGAUCAGAACGGUUUCAAAACUUUCUUUGUGGAAUCUAUAUGUAUGGAUCCUGAAGUUAUUGCGGAGAACAUUGUGCAAGUGAAGUUGGGAAGCCCAGACUAUCUUAAUUGCAGCAGCGAGGAUGCUACUGAGGAUUUCAUGAAAAGGAUCGACAGUUACAAAAACUCAUACGAGACGCUGGAUGAAGUCCACGACAAGGAUUUGUCUUAUAUUAAGAUCAUGGAUGUUGGACGUAGAUACCUUGUUAACCGUGUCGUGGAUCACAUCCAGAGCCGUAUUGUCUACUACCUCAUGAAUAUUCACAUUACACCACGCUCUAUAUACCUGUGCCGACACGGGGAGAGUGAUCUAAACCUGAAGGGCCGCAUUGGAGGAGACUCAGGGCUUUCUAACCGGGGAAAAGAGUUUGCGAAAUGUCUGGCCCGGUAUAUACAUGAACAAAACAUUCAUGAUUUAAAGGUUUGGACCAGUCAGAUGAAGAGAACUAUUCAGACAGCAGAAGCCUUGGGAGUUCCCUACGAGCAGUGGAAAACGUUAAAUGAGAUUGAUGCUGGAAUGUGCGAGGAAAUGCGUUAUGAAGAGAUCCAGGAAUCCCACCCGCUGGAGUUUGCUCUGCGAGAUCAGGAUAAAUACAGAUACCGAUACCCAAAAGGCGAGUCCUACGAAGAUCUGGUGCAGCGUCUCGAACCAGUCAUAAUGGAGCUUGAGCGACAAGAGAAUGUUUUGGUUAUCUGUCACCAGGCAGUCAUGAGGUGUCUGCUGGCAUACUUCCUAGAUAAGAGUGCAGAGGAGCUGCCUUAUCUCAAAUGCCCCCUGCACACCGUUUUAAAACUCACACCUAUUGCCUAUGGCUGCAAAGUGGAACCUGUCCAUUUGAAUGUUGAAGCUGUGAAUACCCAUAGGAAUAAGCCCGAGAACGUAGAUAUAUCUCGGCCAUCAGAAGCUGCCCUGGUUACUGUGCCCGAUCCCCACGGACCAUCCAACCCGGAAUGUUGACGUGUGCCGCUCCAGUGAAGAAGCAUUGCAGACUGUGCCAAAUCACCUCUAGCCUUCGGCUUGACCCGCCACUCCCAUUUUCUGGUUCAUAAUCACCUGGCAGUUCAAGGGUUCAAUAAUUUGUCCACAAAAUCAACAUUUUGGUGUAAUCCUCAUCCUACAAAUAUAAACACUCCAACUACAUUUUAUUUGAAGCUUUUACUUUUUUUUUUAAAUACAAUUUUUUAUUUUUAGAUCAUUUUUUUCAACCCUGUUUGAAAGUUUUAGCAAUGGUUAUAUCAUUUUUAGUAGUUGUGCACUAGUGGAGGAUUGGAAUUGCCCUCCCUUUAAAAUACAUGAAAAAUGAAUACUGCAUUAAGUGCCGAUUAUUUAUGCUGCUAUCAACAGAAUUUUUUCACAAGUGUAUUGUGUUCAUUGGGUACCAAUCUGUACAAAGCUCAAUGCCGGGUAAUAACUGCAGAGAGGGAUUCUAGAGUCAGCUGAUGUGGAUUGACAUUCUAGAACAGGAAUAGGCAACCUUCAGCACUCCAAAUGUUGUGGACUACAUACCCCAUAAUGCUCUUACACCCAUAAUGCUGGCAAAGCAUCAUGGGAGGUGUAUUCAAAAACAUCUGGCGUGCCGAAGGUUGCCUAUGCCUGGUCUAUAACAUAAUUUUUCCCAUACAAGGAGUCUGUGUAAGUAAAAUAGAUUACAUAAACCAGUUUCACUGAUUUUUAUUUUUUUUUGUUUUUUUAGCACAUGUAAACAUCUAUACCUUAUAGGCUUCCCUUCCUGGUGCAUUAAUAUCAGAUGCAUGCUCCCUUUGUCAGUCCUCACUGGGUGUAAUUUGACUGCUGGCUGAUAUGAUCUCAGCCAUUAAUCAAGUAACCUAUUGUGAAGUUUGAGGCAAUGACACACUGACUGCUAAUUCUGAUAUUGACACCAUGAAGUGAAACUCAUAAGGCAAGAAAUCCUCCUACA